GUGAAGCCGGGCUGGAAUGUGAGGCCUUUUCCCCCUCUUCAGACACCAUUAUCAUCAGUGAAAUAUUCCCUCUGCUGGGCCUAUUGUACCCUCGCAGCGUGGACGUCACAGGCGCGCAGGUCCGGCCUCUCGGCGGGGUUUAAGCAGAGCGGGGCCCACCGCGACAGGUCUGUAGCGGGAGAACGCUCUUCCGUGUACUUAUAAAGCAGUUUAAAAUGGAAUAUCGGAUCAGCUCUUCUUUCUCACUUGAACUGAAGGCUUUCAGAACAUUACAAGUGGAUGCUGUUAUUACUGUGAAGAUGCUGAGAAAAGGAGAAUGGAUUCUGAAUUAAGGACAUCGCAGAUGUUUGUUUAAAAGCAGAGUUAACUAUCGAUAAUCCAGAUGGAUUCCUACAAUAUGCACUUUGAGAAGAUGAGCAACUUUGACCUGCACCCUAUUAGUCGACAUUCUCCAUCCAAGUCCACUAGUAGUAUAGAUCAGUACACGCACCAUCACGGCAAAGGAGAUUCUGCUUAUAGCUCUUUCUCUGGAGGCUCCUCUGCCCCUGAUUACCCUUCACCCUUCCUAGCAGAUGAUUUACACCCACAUAACCUGCACUACACUGAUCUGAAGUAUGUGAAGGCCGUGUAUGGUCCCAGCAUCCUCGACUCCGAUUCGAAAAGCAUGAAUCAUCUGUAUGGUUCCACGGAGGCCGUUGUGCACCAACAUCAUCAGAGCCAUAAUGGAUGUUCUCAUGUCAAAGAUCCUUCAGUGCCGUCCACCCAUUUACCACCUCCACUUCCACUUCCACUUCCACCGCCUGUCCUUACAGACACUUUCAUCACAACUAGGAAUCUUGAAAGCUCAGUGUUGAGCCAGAGUCCUGAGGUUCUGCCUUCUGGCGUUUCACCCUUUAGGCACCAGACAUCUCAUUCUGAAUUCUUGGGUUCCAAGCAUAACCUCGUUUAUGAUCUCUGGGUUCCUCAGAGUUAUGAGAGAAAGCAAGACCUUGUGGAAAAGACCUCAGAGUCGAAGUCAGAAGCCGUCUUUAAUCGAUCGCCACUACCGACAGGGCAGGCAGAACUUUUACAACAGAACAUGGAGAAGCUCUCAGGAAUUCGACACAACAGGUCACAUUCAGCGUGCGGGGUUACGGUCUCUGAGCAACAACAGCCAAUCAAGUCCUGGGAGAUGCCACAAAACACAAUCAGUGGAAGUAUUCAGCACAAAGGACAGUUCUAUUUCAUCACUGGUGUGUACAAAUCGUGUGAGUCCAGUGUUCCACCACCACAAUGUCCGAUAGACAGCAUCAACGCUCACGCACAAGCUGAAAUACAGAGAUCGCAUAAUACCGUGGAGAACAUGUUUAAAAAUGUUCCCCCGAGGAAGCAGAGCAGCGCUGAAAUCUUAUUUGAAGACAACAAAUUACCCCCACCAAAUGGAGAUGAGGAACCUUCAAGUAGCCAUCAUUUCUCAAAGUCUCAAAGUGUUGCUGAUUUGGAAGUCAUGAAUAUGGACGUAGGCAGACAUCACACCAACAAUCACCCAAUCUUCUACUGUGGCCCAGAGGAUAGCUUCUCAACAUCAUCUCAGCAUAAACCUGCGACUCCUGUCGUUAGUGAAAUGAACCACAAUGUUCAUUUAAAACAAGAUGAACCUGUGAAAAAACUGACGAGACAACACUUAGCUGAUAUGCCCACAGAGAAGAUCAACAAAGACACGACUCCGCUUCUGUACCACCUCACUGGAGCCAGCAGAGCGUCUGUCAUGAAGAACGUAAAAAAUGAGAAAAACUCUAGUUUGGGAUCGGACUGGGGUAAAGCUCAUCCAGAAGCAGGACGAGUAUCUGUUUCUUCUAGUGGUCAGUCAUUGCACAGUGAAGAGUCUAAAGAGUCGAAGCCGAAGGACUUUUAUUCUCUAUACAAUACCAUGGACGAUUCCUUCAAAAAAUAUUAUAAAGAAAAGCUUAAGGAUGCACAAACCAAGGUUUUGAGAGCGACUUCAUUCAGAAGAAAAGAUCUCGGACUCUCUUGGCAAAAGGUCAUUGAGCACUGCUGUGAUAAAAAGCUCUCCGUCAUUCCUUCUGGGCCGCCAACGCAAGAAAACUCCAGUCCAGCUCAUGUGCCCACAUUUCAGAACACAGAUAGUUUGAAUAACCCCAGCCACGAGAUUAAGAAAGAGACGGUGAAGCAGCAAAAUGUCGCCCAGCCGCAGGUGCCUCGAGUGGGCUGUAGGAAACGUCUGACCCUGGGACAGAAGAAGCUGUCCAACUCCGAGCCGGAAAAGCUGCACCGUCUGGGAGACGGCCCGACACACGUGACCUGCCGUUCCCUCGGCAGUGAGAGUGAAGGACUGCUCUCAGAAGAACAUCUCGUCCAGCACGGUCUAGUCGCGGUCAGACGCAGGAUGUUUGAGGUGAGAGGACGUGCGAUGUCGGCUUGCAGCUUCUCCAAAAGCUCUCUUAAGCACCUUCAGCAGAAGGCCUUGGUAGCAUAUAUGGAACGAAAGACUGGCUCCAAGGUAGCAGAGCAGCAGCAGCCAGCUCCACAGGUUCCCACAGCAGGGAGGCAUUCUGACUGGGGUCCUAGACCUUAUUCUGGACCCAAGGAGAAGCCACUUAGGCCGCUCUCUGCUAGUCGUAUUCAUGACUUGAGUUCCAUCAGAUUCGCCCAGUUCACCUCCGCGCAACACGGCAGCCACUCGCGGCAGUCCAGCUGGAGAGAACGAGCAUCACCUCCAUCAGAGAAGUCUGCCUCUCUGGAGGAUCUCCUGGAGGAACGACAGCAACAUCGCUCGUACAGAAGCAGCAGCAUUUCAUCCCCUCGUUCCUUUCACCAGAACCAGAAACACUUCGACUCCUCUACACAUGAUAAAGAUCUCUCAAGAGCUGAGAUUAAAGUGGAAGGAGAAAGAACAGUCUGUAAGGAGUAUGCAGCGUUGGUUCCGGAUCAGCAGAGGGUCCGAGUGUUUGCACCCAGAGGGAAAUCGAUGGAGGAGCUUGGAAUGAUCGGGGUUACCAGACCUAAAGUUCUCAGCAAAAGCUCGGAUCAGCUGAAUCAGGUCCAGGGAACACACGUCCUGUCUGACAGGGAGAAGAGAGACAGCAUUAAGCAACAUGAUGCACCUCGGGUUGGUUCUGAGAAUAAUGUUCAGAUCGGUGCUGAUCACAGGGUCUUUAAGGAGCCUGGUUCAUCAGAACACACAUCUACAGUGGGCAACCCCUGGCUGAGAACAUCUCCUGUAUCGGGUAAAGAAAGCAGAGUCACAGCUACACCCAGUCCUUCCAGAGGACCCAGUGAGAAGAAUCUGAUUAUCAGCAAAACUAAGGCCGUUCCUCAAGAACCGUUCUUAAUGAAGGGUGAAAUGUCACAUGGAGACGUGAGCGAUGUCCACUCCGUCCAUGAAGUCUCCCUCGGCUUUGGGGUCACAACCAACCCCAGUCUGUGGCCUUUAUCACCGGGGACUGAUGACGGGAAAACACACGAGGGCACAACUUCCCAAUAUACGCUUACCCAUCAUCCUCAGCAUCAUCCUCAGAACGCACAGCCUGCUUUAUAUGGCAACACGGAGUCGGUGUCUGGGUGUGAACGGUUAGCAGCUGUUCCCGCCCCUGCACCUGAUGGAGCUCAGGAAAGGAAGACGAAAGUAGGAAGGAAGUGUCCUGUAGACCAGCCUCAGUGGGAGACACUGGUUCAGGAAGUGGUCUCAGCAGACCACUCAUUAGCUCAGGUUCUGUAUCCUGUUGCUAAUCGGAAGACAGCCGUCAUGCUGAUGGAGCAGAUGUUAUCUGAAGACCAUCUUUUGAUGGAAGAUCACUAUAAGAAAAAGCAGGAGCAGAAAGCUACCAUACCUGAGCAGAUUUCAUACAGGCCGUCUGCUGCUGAUGAUGAUGGAGAUGAUGAUGGAGAUGAUGAGCAGAGUGUAAACGGCUCGGUUCCUCUGACUGUACGACAUCAUGCUCUGUACAGUACAGGAGCGAAUGUCACUGAGAAGAAGAGGCAGCUGAUGGCUCAUAUCGAAGAGCAGCUGAAAUCUCUGGAGGGAUUGCGCUCGUCCCUGCAAGGCGAGGAGAAGGAAAUCGGAGUUCUGGGGAAUUCUCUGGAGGUUCUGGUGCGCGAGUGCUGUUUACCUGCUGAGCUGGAGCGCUACACGCAGUUCAUCGAAGACCUUGAGCGCGUCAUCAGCCUGCUGUUGUGUCUCUCAGCACGUCUGGCCCGCGUUCAGAACGCCCUGAGCACUGUAGACGAGAACAUGGACUCUGAGGAGAAGGAAUCUCUGGUCAGUAGACAUGACCUCCUGUGCAAACAGAGGGACGAUGCCAAGGACCUGAAGGACAACCUGGACCGGCGUGAGCGCAUGGUCUCCACGUUCCUGGCCAAAAAGCUGACGGAGGACCAGCUGCAGGAGUACCGGCGCUUCGUCCAGAACAAAGCCUCGCUCCUCAUCCGCCAGAAAGACCUGGACGAAAAGCAGCGGCUCGGGGAGGAGCAACUCGAGGCUCUUCUCAACAGCAUUCCUCCGUGAACGAGGGAAUUUUCUCCUCCGUCUCUGUGGAUAAAUUUCUAACGUUCUGUAACAUUUGGGGAAGAUUCCGUCUGUGACUUGUGAAAUACGUUCAUAUAAACUCUGAGCAUUAUUUUCAGAUCAGUAAUAUUGACCUAAAGCAUAUAAUCAUGGAGGCAGUUUUCCAGACGCUCUCUCAGCCGGAGGGAGCACGUAGACGUCUGCUGUGGAGUCUGAGUCUGAGUGCGAGUGCGAGGCUGACACUGCGGUGCUCGACUGCUGAAGCCAAAACAUGCGAAAAGGAGAAACCUUUAUAGAGAUAGAGUGUAAUUUGUGUGCGCAUGUGCGCGUGUGUGUGUGUGUGUGUGUGUGUGUGUUAUUAUUGUUUUACCUUUACACUUGAGAUCUCGCGGUCGUUCGGAAGCUGAGGUGCUUUAAGGUUAUUAGCAGACCUGGAAAUGAGAGCAUUAAUGCCCUUGGAAUUAUUCUUUCUGCUGUAGUUUAAUUUAUUUUAGUCAUAACGCACUCGAAAUGAAGACCAAAAAGAGGAAAAAGCACUUUGUUCUCGUAACUCUGUGUACAUUUCGAAUUUCAUAACUAAAUACAUGUACUAAUGUAUAUUUAUUUUAUUGAUAUUAAGUCCUAAUGAUUUUCAUUGACAUGGAAAUGGCACGAUUCUAAUCCGGACGUGUUUUAGUUUUAGUUCAGGUCUCCUUCCUGUAUGCUGAUUUAUUUUUUAGAAGGUCAGAUUGCAAAUGCGUCAUUUAUAACCGAGAAGGUCUUAAAGAAGAAGCGUGAAGUGAAAUGUUGUAAUAAUCUAACAGUGAAGUCAGGAAGUGGGAGGAAACCAAAUACUAAUAACACAAUUUGAACAGAGGAAGAGCUCUGCGUUUUAUAGCGCUCGGGUCAGACACCGCUUCCUUCCUGUUUUACACCAAACCACCCAGCUGUCCGUAUCUGCGACUUGCAGAGAGGAUCAGUUCAGCUGGUAGCUCCUUUCACAGCAGAUGAACAGACUGCAGGUACAAAUUAGGAGUGGAAUAUGAGAAUAAUUAAAGUUUUAUAAAAGGAGGAAAUGUAAAAUCUGCUUCUUGGAGUGUGUUGAUGCCAAUUCAAGAUGUUUUUUAAUGAACAAAAACAAAACAAGAAGAGGAAGAAUGAGCUCAUUCCAUACAAAUGGUAAACUGUAUAGUGAACUCCUGAGAGAGAGAGAGAGAGAGAGCGAGAGAGAGAGAGGGAGGGAGGGAGGGAGGGAGUGAGAGAAAGGGAGAGAUAGAGAGAGAGAGUGAGAAAGGGAGAGAGAGUGAGUGUGAGAGAGAGAGAAAGGGAGAGAGAGUGAGUGUGAGAGAGAGAGAGAGAGAGAGAGAGUGAGUGUGAGAGAGAGAGAGAGUGAGAGAGAGUGAGUGUGAGAGAGAGAGAGAGAGAAAGGGAGAGAGAGUGAGUGUGAGAGAGUGAGAAAGGGAGAGAGAGAGUGAGUGUGUGAGAGAGAGAGAGUGAGAAAGGGAGAGAGAGUGUGAGAGAGUGAGAAAGGGAGAGAGAGAGUGAGUGUGUGAGAGAGAGUGAGAAAGGGAGAGAGAGUGAGUGUGAGAGAGAGAGAGAGAGAAAGGGAGAGAGAGUGAGUGUGAGAGAGAGAGAGAGAGAGAGAGAGAGAGCGCUCUGUGUAAGAAAGAAAGAAUAAAAAUAAGUUUUUCUGUCAUUUCUGCGCCCAGAGAGCGACCCCGGACUGUACAUGUACUGUAUAUUUAGUAGUUUUGAGGACUACACGUGUCUUUUACUUUAGGAGUCGCACUACAUCAUCGCUGUCUGUAAACUGAAAUGUUUCUCCAAAAUACAACAAAAGUGUGUUUUAUUAACAUUAAAAGAUUUGUUCUCGA